GAUGCCCUGAAGAGGAAAGAUACACUCUUUCGAAACGUCGGCGCAAUAAAGAAAUUUAAGAAAACUGCUCGUAUAGAUUACUCUAUUCCUACAGUUUGAAAAUUUUAGUUGUUUACCAAUAAAGAAAAUGAAACGGUCAUGGCAAGUUACGUAACAUGGACCAAAUCUUCAAGACCAUAAUCGAGUCAAUCGAGUUUGAUGAGAACUCAAGACACGUCACCAUCCGUUUUGGCCCACCAGGGAAACUACCUGUUGUUAUGACAUUACUGAAUAAAUACGGAUCGAACAAUACUAAGAGCUUCAGAAUUACUAAUCAAGGGACUGACGAUGCCACAGUCAUAUUAACAAUAACGUACAGGACAAGUACAGGUACGAUACAACUACUACGCGAUUACGAACUGAACAGACAGACAGACCAAGAAACAAACACUGUAUAAAUUAACAAACCGACAAACAACCUAGAGACAGGCAACAACACCGACACUUCCAAAAAUUCUACUGACUUAAACGCCACUGACAGCACUGACAGUUCUAAGAACUCUAAUGACAUCGGCCCUACGGACAACAGUGACGAUCCAGACAAUAACGACAUUAACAAUGAUGACAGAAUUGCUACAAACGAGAACACUGACAGCAAUGACAAUAACGACGUCCAAAGACCUGCCAACAAUGACGUUAAUGUUAACAAUAAUGAAAAUUUUAACAACAAUGAUCACGGCCCACAACAGAAUGACAAUGACAAUGACAAUAUCGAAGCUUACACUAUUAAUGAACCAAACAUAGCACUACGCCAUACAUACAACCCGCAAGACAAUGUACAGCUACUCAAAAUAAAUUUGACAGACGCUUACACAGUGACAGACACAUAUACAGGUACGACAAUAGACGCAGAAGCAUUAUUUAGACAACAUGGGCCCUGCAACACCGAACACCACGCAACGAAAGACAAGGACAUCAAAGCCAUAAUAAUUAGAUACCAAAUGAAAAAUCAUACGCUUAAAGUGAUCAACAAAUACAAAGAACACAUACAACAAACGAACGAUGACGUACAAAGACCAACGACAGAACAACAAACCAAUCAGGAGAAAACAAUAGAAUACGUACAAACACCAGAUACUAUAUGUGUACGAGUACCCGGACAUACGACAAGACAAAAUGUAACAGAGACAUUCCAACAAUUCGGAAGCAUCAUAGACGUAAGACACUUAGAGCCUACAGGCGGACAAAAUGGACGAUACACUGCAUUCAUCCAAUUUGAAAACUAGGACAGCGCAGACAAGGCUGUAGAAAAGACACAAAUGACGCACUCGACAAGACUAGCUUACAACAAAGUAUACACAUCAACACGAUCCACUGCACAGCAAAAGACAGAAAAAGAACAAAACACGACACAACAGAAACUAAAAUCAACAAGUUGGACCGUUGAUCCCGACAACAACACAAAAUUAUACAUACUAUCACCACCAGACACCACACAACAGCACUUAGAAACAGAUUUUACAGUGUUUGGAGAAACAGUGAGCAUUGAACUGACGGACGGUACGACAAAAGGAAAAGUAGGGUACAUAACUUAUACAAACAAAGUUGACGCAAUAGACGCCAAAUUAAACGGACCACAGAAUUCAUAGUAAAGUGGAAAUGGACGCCAAGAACAGACGAAACGAUGAUUCAUUUCCUAUGCGGAGACCAAAUACCGAAACAAAGCUUCGACGACCAUAUACAGAACUGCAACAUGCCUCACUUAAGACAGAGAAUACUAAAUGAAAAGUCAACAUUAACGACCGAAACACAAGAGGACCCAAGACAGACAACAUCGACACCACAACCGAGCACGAGUGAACAGGCAAACGAGCAAGUAACAAGUCGUUCCACUACAUCCAACACGACAACACCAAUGUUAGUGCAUAGAGCAUUACAUUUAGACUACACGUCACCUGGCGACGAGAAUCCCAUAGAAAGGGAGAUAGCCAGACAGAACGCCAGACGCCGCAUACAAGAGAGACAACGACGAACAGAGCAACCGAGACGACAACAUACAGAGACCCCAAGACCGACAAGAGCCAGUACCGCAGCAGAAGAACAAAUUAGGAAGGAAAUGGAGAAGAUAGAUUUCAAUAAAAUAUUAGACACUAGUUUUUAAGAGACGACACUGCGACGUUAGCUUUAAGUUAGAUGUAAGUAGUUCAUAU